AAAUGGUGCGUACCCAAACCGCUUUAAAAUUUCAUUACAUCAUUACUUUCUAAUAUAAACCAAGUUACCAAGAAGAGGGUUGGCAUACUGUUCGAUCAACUCGCGAAAGUUCACUAUGCUACUGAAACUCUUGCAAUUACUGGUCCUAGUUGGAGUGACGAUCGAGCAACCGAAGUAUUGCCAAUAUCGAUCAUGGAAGUCGAUAUCAUGUAGUGGAAUAACUUCCUUAAGACAACUGGAAACGGGAAUCGACGAGGCGAUCAUCAGCGAAAACGUCGAUCCCAAAGACCUCGAGACUUUGGAAUUGAGAAGCAGUCAAAUCCAUUUUCUGGGUCCGGGCAUCUUCUCCGAUUUCGUGAACAUUAAGGAACUAAAGAUUCUUUUCAGCAACAUAAGUAAAGUACCAGAAGAUACUUUUAAACAUUUGAACCACCUCAACACGGUGGUAAUCGGUUUUAGUAACUUAAGCAAGGUGGACCAGGGCGUUACUGAAGGACUCUCCAACUUGAAGAAUUUUUACGUGUACGCCACGAAGCUCGAACAGUUCAACAAAAUGACCUUUGACCAGAUGAGCUCUUUGACCAAGCUCGAUUUAAAUAACGAUUUCUUGUCGGUGAUCGAAGCGGGGUCUUUCGACAAAUUGGUAAAUUUGAAAGAGCUUCAGCUUGCUUCAAAUCGACUAACAUGCUUACCUAAUAGGCUUUUAUCAAAUUUGAUAGCGUUAGAAAGUAUUUCUAUUGAAGCCAACCAACUGAUACAACUAGAAGAGGACCUUUUUAGAGGACUUUCGUCGGUGAAGACGAUCAAUUUGGCAAGCAAUCUCCUGGCAAUAGUACCUGCAAGGCUGUUUCAAGACCUAUCGUCUCUUAUCGAGCUAAGUUUCAAAGAUAACCGCAUCAUACGAUUACCUGAGGAUCUUUUUGCAAACACAAGAUGUCUCGAAGUACUCGAUCUUUCCAUCAAUCAACUUUGGUCACUGCCAGCGCGCGUAUUUAAUAACCUAUUCCAGCUAAAGUCGAUCGACCUGUCGCAAAAUCAGCUGACUAUCCUCCCGGACGACCUACUCACAGGCCUCACUCAACUAACCGAUCUAAAGCUGAAAUACAACCAAAUAGAAUCGCUGCCACGUGGCUUGUUUCCUGAAAACUCCCAACUGAGGAAUUUGGACCUUAGUUCAAAUAAUCUGAAAACACUCCAACCCAUAACCUUCGAAAAUCUAAAGCACCUAUCUUUCCUAGCUCUCUCGAAAAAUCGCAUUUCUACACUUGGACGAGACGAGCUUAAACCACUGAUCAACUUAGAACAUUUGGAUCUGCAUGGAAACUACCUGCACAACAUCGCAUCGGACAGCUUCACAGACCUGAGGAACCUAAAAGUCAUCAUCCUCAGCAGAAAUAAGAUCAGGUCACUUCCCGUCGACGUUUUCAAGCCGCUCGAAUCAGUGCACGAAAUCGAUUUGUCCCAUAAUCGAAUUCAAAUCGUAGACAACGACCUAUUCGCCAAUCUGCCCAAGUUGAGCCACGUGAACGUGACUUUUAACGAUAUCCGUUCAAUCUCACCGGGUUUCUUUAAACAAUUCGGAAGGUUGACUUAUUUCAGUUUGGAAAGCAAUCCCAUUGGGAUCAUCACGUGCGUGCACCUCAAAGACUUGGAGUUCAUCGAGCACCUGAUCUUUCGUUCUAACGGCCUCGAGGAAAUUUCCCGCUUCUGCUUCGACGAACUGAAGGAGCUGCGCACGUUGGAGAUCACCAAGAACAAUAUACGCGUGAUAAAGAACUGGACGUUUGGCCUACAGAAAUUGUUGAACCUGAUUUUGGAGGAGAACCAAAUCGAGUUCAUACAGACUCAGGCGUUUGCCAAUCUGAAUGUAGUGCGAAAGGUGUCACUGGCCAGAAAUCGGAUUUCAUCGCUCCAGGCCGAGAUGUUUCAAGGGAUACAAAGCGCGACAUCACUGGACCUCUCGCAUAACCGCAUCUCCUUCAUACACUCCUGCACCUUUGAGCUUAUGGGAAAUUUAGAGUUCCUCAGCUUGGCCUCGAACCAACUGCACGAUUUCCACUACGACGUCUUCCACAAGCUGCCACGUUUGGUCGACCUCCAUUUGUCCGACAACGGAAUUGAUAACCUCCCACGUGACCUGUUCAAACCGCUGACCUCGCUUACAACUGUGCGCCUGUGCGGAAAUAAAUUCACAAGUUUAGAGGAUGGAACCAUACCGCACGCCGAGAAUUUGCAAAAUUUGCACUUGGAAGGCAACUGGAUUCAAACGAUGGGCACGCGAGCUCUCGCCGAGUUCAAGACGUUGCGAGCCCUCAAUUUGGCGGAGAACUCGCUGGCGAAGGUCUGCACGGAAAUGUUCGAGGGAUUGACUGAGCUGGUCGCGCUCGAUCUGAAAUUCAAUCAUAUCGGUGAUAUCGACCUCACCUUCUUCGACGCGUUUCCGCACUUGCAGAGGAUGAACGUGGAGGGAAAUAAAAUAUCAGUGGAGAAGCAUACGGCUAUCAACUUAAAGUAUCCUGAUAUGGACGCAAUUAUUUCUAAAUACCGCUUUCUUUAUCAUUUGUAAUUCGUGCCUGUGAGAUGCUUGUCAAUUUCUCAGAAUCAGAUGAAUAAAGUUUCUGUCAAGUG